AUGGCCCCACCACAAGCCAAUGCAAAGACGGUGCAAUACCGCAGAACCCAUAAUCUACUUCUGGGCACCCGACUUCUCUCCCAACGGGGCACACCGUCACCGUUCACACUCAUUUUAGACAGCUUAGAACAGUCCUCUGCACCUCUAGUAGAAGAAUAUAUCUCCCGAGCAAAGCUACUACGGGUGAACAUAAUCUACAUCUCGUUCACCACACUCCGACCUCCAAAGAAUGUCACCAAAAUAUUAAAAGCCCGUGGUAAAUCACUGGAUGCUUUACAACGGGAACUCAUUGCUGCCACCACCCCAGCAACCGGCGGAGGACAUCCAGAUCCUACAAAGGUUCAAAAUAUGAUAAUCAUUGACUCUACAAACCAUUUGGUAUCAAUCUCCAGCGAAGAAGUAGGAGGUGCAAAAUCCAACAUGAGUCUUUCCUAUUUCCUAUCUUCAAUCCUCGCCCCAUCAGUCACAAUCAUAGCAACAUACCACACCGACAUCCCCCGAAUAUCUACAUCUACAAAUAACGCAUACAAUCCCGAUCCCCUAGAUCUUUUAAAAUACCUUUGUACAACUCUAAUAACUGUCUACUCCCCUUCCCACAUCUUUACCCAAAAGAGGGCAUUGGAUAAAUCACUACCACCCCCGAGUUUUGGACUUGACGAAGGAAUAGAAGGAUCAUUGACAAGUCUUGGUUCUAACACCGGAUGGUGUGAGACCUGUGGUAUCAACGAUAAAUCACGAGGGUUGAUAUACGAACUAGAACAUAGACGGAUGUCUGGUAGAGCUAUGAGCGAGUGGUUUUUCUUGUUAUGUCAUGCGCCUUCUAAAAAGUCGAAGGAGAGGUUGAUAUUACUUGAGGAUCAUCCGGCUUAUAAUCCUACUAUUGUCGAAGCUUCUUCUUCGGGGAAUGGGAGUGGAGGAGCGGUGGAAGAUAGUGAUCUUACGUUCUCAUUGGGGUUGACGGCGAAACAGAAGAGUGAUAGGGAAGGGGUGGUGUUACCUUACUUUGAUGCACAGAGUGAGGAAGGUGGGACUGGGGGUAGGAUAUUGUAUGUACCUGGGAGAGAGGACGAUUGGGAUGAUGAGGAAGACGAGAUAUAG